UCUCCCGGAAGUUACCCAUGCGACUUGGAGGCGAACCGGCUCCAUACACCAGAAACAUCGCAUUAUGGCCUCGCUCUGAGCCUACUGUUGCGACAGUUGUGUAAAUACCUCACCGGCAAUCCGUCACCAUCGACGCCUUGAUCAUGGACCUCCGGUCCAGAGGCUUUUUUCGGGGCCAUCGGAGUUGUCAUUAGUACUCCCGAAGUACUAUAUUAUUUGAUUUUUAGCACUGUCACUUUUGCACGCCCGGGGAUUUAAACCGAAGUGACAGCAGUAGCACUUACCCCAUCUGCCGGUAAGCUAGCUAGCCCGCUAAGUCAAUAGCCAAGAAGGGCAUCACUUUUCUUCUGGAGUAAAGGACAAGCUACAACACCACUACUUUCAGUAACAGAAGACUGAUCAGAGGCCGAUUUCCCAACAUACUCAGUAUUGAUUCCUGACAGGCUGGCAACACAAAGCCCCCCUAAUGCAGAACCAUAAAAGAACGUGAAAUGAACAAACCACCACAGCCUAUAACGGGACCUACGUCUGUCCCAAACCCUUCCCCAUCCCCUGGAUUGACACAGGCCGCUUAUGGUCCUGGACAGCCCCCCUCUCUCGUUUUCGCCACCCCUCCACCUCCACAAAUGAACUCUGCACCGCAGCCCAGACAGUUUGUUGCAGGCCCUCGUACUUUACACCAACAGGGUGGAUACAGAGCAUUACAGAGCUACUAUCAGAACCGACCAGCCAUGGCCACCAGUGCUCCAAGGGUACAGACGAGUAGUGGUCCACGACCUGUCGGACCGACUCACGUCUACUCGCCCAACUCCCAGAUGAUGAUGAUAUCCCAGCAGCAGCUGUCUUUUGCUAGCUCCCCUCAGGGCUACUUUAUCUCCCCUGGACAGUACCGGACCCCAUAUAUGCCUCCUACUCAGCAGUAUCCUGUGACCAGUGGGACAGCGGGCUUCUAUCCGGGAACUAGCCCUGCUGAAUACCCUGCGUAUGCAGGAGCAUACUAUCCAGCUCAGACGCCGUACAAUGCAGCUGUCCAGCCGGCACCAGUAAUGAUCAACCCCGCCCAGCAACAGCAACAAGCCUUGCCUCCUCAGCAACCACCGGCACAGCCACCAGGGCCACCAAAGAGGGAACGCAAACCGGUAGUGUGUUGCAACAAAAGGGCAGCGCGCCUCUUGUCUGAGAUAAGGAUACGAGAUCCCAACCAGGGUGGCCGUGAUAUCACAGAGGAGAUCAUGUCAGGUGGAAGGUCCACCACCACACCGACUCCCCCACAGACCUGCGCAUCAGAUGCAAGUCCCGCACAGACUAAUGGUGAAGUUACACAGGCUGCCACUACAGUGACGAGAACAGAUGAAAACACUGAGCCCUCUGCUAGCGCUGAAACCCCUCCACCUCCUGCCACAGCAAAUAUAGAGCCUGAAGAGGAGGCCAAACAGGAAACGGACAGCCAGAUGACAACGCCGCCACCGGCUGUGUUAGCCCCACAAUUUGUAACCCCAACACCCGCUGCUGAUGAGGUGCCAUCCCCUUUGAUUAAGGACCUGGAGUCUCCGUCUUCCCUCCCAGCAGCAGCAGUAGAACCAUCACCAUCUACUGCUCCUCCUGCUGAGGCAGAAAAUACAGUUGAUACUAAAGUUGGUGACACGGUUGACGCUCCAGUCGGCCCUUCAGCAUCAUUAGCAGCACAGGAGGCGGCUGUCAAAAUGGAAGAACCACAGGCUUCCCCAGCUCCAGCUGAGAAAGCACCAGAAAAGGAGGAAAAGCAGACAGAGAAAGUGAAGAAAUUGGAAAAAGAGGAGCAUGUAGCCAGCGCUAAAUUGGAGCCCGCGGUUGAGGCUGCCACAAUACUUCCCCUGCAUAACGAGACAAAAGCAGAGAAGGCUACAAAGACAGAAAUUGAAGCCUCUCCAGGUCCGCCCUCUGCGCCGGAACCUGCUGCUCCACAGACCCACAACGUCGCCCUGAGCUCUGAACCUGAACCCACGCCGACUGAAGCGGUGGAGCCUCUUCUCUCCAACGGCCUCCCUCAGGACACAGAGGAACUGUCUGAGAAACUGUCUGAAGAACUGUCUGAGCAACAGACAUGGGGAGUCCACGCGUAUGGGGACACUACGCCCCUUGACAAGCCUAACGCUUCUCCGUCUCAGGAACCAGCACCUGUGGCUAAAACGUCAAUGCCUACCCAGGAAGUGGAAGAAAAGGAGGAAGAACGGGAGGAAGAGGAGGAGAUGGAGGAUGAGAAGGAGAAAGUUGAGGAUGCUCCUCCUGCCUCAGUUAGCUGCCCAACAGAGGAAUCUACUAUGCAAGCUGCAACUUCUGUGCCAAAGAAGAGGAAGAACAUGAAGGAGUUAAACAAGAAGGAGGCCAUCGGAGACCUCCUGGAUGCCUUCACAGAAGAGCAAGAAGCCAAGCCUGCCCCUGAGCCCUUGUCCACUCAGGCCGACCCUGUCCCUGAUGCUCCACCUGAGCCCCCUGCUGAGGUUCCAGAUGAGACCUGGGAGGAGAAAGAGGACAAGCAGAACCCAGUACCUAAAGCCACACCUGAGCCAACUGACCUGAAAUACCAGUACAAAGAAGAGCAAUGGAAGCCCAUCGACCCCGAAGACAAGAAGCGGUACGACAGGGAGUUCCUCCUGGGCUUCCAGUUCAUCAGUGCCAGUAUGAACAAACCCGAUGGACUGCCCAGCAUCAGUGACGUGGUCCUGGACAAGGCAAACAAGACUCCAAUGCGGCCUCCUGACCCAGCUCGUAUGAUGAAUGUUGGUCCUGAUUUUACCCCUUCGUAUUUGGGGAACCUUGGGAGCAGAUCGGUGGGAGGACCCCGAGGCCCGCCCCCUGGCCCACGUCGCUCACAGCAGGGUCAGAGGAAAGAGCCAAGGAAAAUCAUCCUCAGCAGCAUGUCCCUCGGCGACGACGUGCAGCUCAACAAGGCUGAGAAGGCCUGGAAGCCCACGGCAAAGAAGUCCACUCGAAGCCGUAACGCAGAGGAAGCCGAAGUCGAAGACGAUGAUCCCGAACAGGCCCAGACUAAGGAGCUGUUCAAGCGUCUGCGCAGCAUCCUCAACAAGCUGACUCCUCAGAAGUUUCAGGAGCUGAUGAAACAAGUGAUGGAACUGACGAUAGACACAGAGGAGAGGCUGAAAGGAACCAUUGACCUCAUCUUUGAGAAGGCCAUCUCAGAGCCCAACUUCUCUGUGGCCUAUGCCAACAUGUGCCGCUGCCUUUUGGGGUUGAAAGUCCCCACCUCAGACAAGCCGGGAGUUUUUGUCAACUUCCGCAAACUGCUGCUCAAUCGUUGCCAGAAAGAGUUCGAGAAGGACCAGGAUGAUGACGAAAUCUUUGAGAGAAAGCAGAAGGAAUUAGAGGCUGCCAAAGAAGGAGAGGAGCGUGAGCGCUUGAGGGUGGAGCUACAGGACUCCAGAGACCAGGCCCGCCGCCGUUCAUUGGGGAAUAUUAAGUUCAUUGGGGAGCUCUUUAAGCUGAAGAUGCUAACUGAGGCCAUCAUGCACGACUGUGUAGUGAAACUACUGAAGAAUCACGAUGAAGAGUCUGUGGAGUGUCUCUGCAGGCUCCUCUCCACGAUUGGCAAAGACCUGGACUUUGAGAAGGCCAAGCCUCGUAUGGAUCAGUAUUUUACGCAGAUGGACAAGAUAAUCAAAGAGAAGAAGACCUCAUCCAGGAUCCGCUUCAUGCUACAAGACGUCAUUGACCUAAGAAGGUGUAGCUGGGUACCUCGUAGAGGAGACCAGGGUCCUAAAACCAUUGACCAGAUUCACAAGGAGGCAGAGAUGGAGGAGCACAGGGAACACAUCAAAGUCCAGCAGCAGCUUCUGAACAAGAAAGAGGGAGGCGGGGGAGGUGGUAGAAUGGGGGGUAACAUGGGGGGGCGUGGCUCUCACUCACAAGGAGGCGGCCGGAACAGCCAGCCUCAGGAUGAGGGCUGGAACACAGUGCCCAUCUCCAAGAACAGACCCAUCGACACCACCCGCCUCAGCAAGAUCACAAAGCCUGGUUCUCUGGACUUCAACAAUCAACUGUUGGCUCCAGGAGGAAAAGGCAUGUGGGGCAGCUGGGGGAAAGGCAGCAGUGGAGGAACUGGAGCAAAACCAGCAAGCGGAGAGUCAGACUCCGGUCGUCCAGCGACCAGCACCCUCAAUCGCUUCUCAGCCCUUCAACAGUCCGGUUCGUUGUCGGCAACAACUGACUCUGAUCGCAAAGCUCCUCAGAGCUCCAGCCGUGACCGUGGUGGCGACAGAGAAAAGGGCGAUCGUGAGGGCCGUGACGGCAGCAGCACCCCAAACCAAAUCACCAAGAGGAGCUUCAGCAGAGAGUCUCAAGAGCGCGGAGGGAGGGCCGGCGACCUCCGGGCCGCCACUGAGCCUGUGCGACGCGUGGCCAGCAUGACCGACGAUAGGGACCGAGGCAGCAGGGACCGAGGCAGCAGGGACCGAGGCAGCAGGGACCGGGCUCCAAGUAAAGAUCUGCCAGUUAAGCGGGAGAGCGCUCCAACCCUCCCCCCCGCUCUUCCAAAACCUGCCUUGAGUGAAGAGGAGUUGGAGAAGAAGUCGAACGCCAUCAUUGAAGAAUACCUUCACAUUAAUGACAUGAAGGAGGCAUUGCAGUGUGUUACAGAACUCAACAGUGCCUCGCUGCUCUUUGUGUUCGUGCGGAGCGUCGUGGAAUCGACGCUCGAGCGCAGCACCAUUGCUCGAGAGCGUGCCGGCCUGUUGCUGCACCACCUUGUCAAGGCGGAGGUAUUGCCCUCAGAGCAAUACUACAAAGGGCUUCAAGAUAUGCUCGAGGCUGCAGAAGACACAGCCAUAGAUAUACCUCACAUCUGGCUCUACCUGGCUGAACUUAUCACCCCCAUGCUCCGUGAGGGAGGCAUCCCUAUGGGCCAGAUCUUCAGGGAGAUCUCCAAGCCUCUCGUGCCUCUGGGGCAGGCUGGUGUGCUGCUGGUGCAGAUCCUCAAGUUGCUCUGCAAUGAAAUGACCCCGAAGAAGGUUGGGGCAAUGUGGGCUGAGGGAGGGUUGAAUUGGAGUGAUUUCUUGCCAGAGGAUGAAGACGUCAACAAGUUUGUCACCGAGCAGAAAGUGGAGUUCACCACAGGAGAAGAGUUGGAGUCGAAGGAAGUUGAUGAGAAGAAGGUCCUGACUGGUGAGGAGCUGAGCAAACAGCUGGACAGACUCAUCCAGGACAAGGCCAACAACCAGCGCAUCAUCGACUGGGCCGAGGCUAACUUGGACGAGCAGCAAACCGUUUCCUACCAGUUUGUACGAGCGUUGAUGACCUCAGUGUGUCAGUCUGCCAUUAUAUGUGACAGCCCGUAUAAGGUGGACGCAGUGCAGAUCAAGGAGCGGGCCGAUCUGCUGCAGAGGUACCUGUCCGACGAGCAGAAGGAACUGCAGGCCCUCUACGCCCUCCAGGCUCUCAUGGUUCACAUGGAGCAGCCGGCGAACCUGCUGCGGAUGUUCUUUGACGCCUUGUACGACGAGGACGUCAUUAAAGAGGAAGCCUUCUACAACUGGGAAUCCAGCAAAGACCCUGCAGAGCAAACGGGCAAAGGUGUGGCCUUGAAGUCAGUCACCGCCUUCUUCACCUGGCUCCGCGAGGCCGAGGAGGAGUCUGACAAGGAAUAAAAGACUGAAUUGAAAGCUGCUCCCCCUCUUCCCCCCAAUCCUUUCUUUUGCAAGGCAGGGGGCUCUACAAAAGGCUGAAGAGUCACAGACAAUAUUGCCUGAGAGGCAGACUCUAAUCAAUCCUCAAUGAGGAUAAAUCUUUAUUUUUUGUUGUUUUUUGUUUUCUUUGAGGGAUGGACUCAGAAAACAAUAAUUUCUCUCCACCCUCCCUCUCUUGCUUCCUCAUUAUUUCCCCCACCUGCUUGUCACAGCAAGUGUCCUCCUCAAAUAGACUUAAAAACUGAUACAGCAGGAUUGCUUGUUGUAGAGGUUUGAAGUAUCCCACGUCACUACAAAACUUUCUCACAAGAAUACAAACCCAACAGGCUGCUUUUUUUUUUUUUUAAAGGUUCUAGAUAAUUCUAAUGCCUGACAUCUGAUCUGCGAGAAUAAAACCACGGGGUGUGUGGUGUAGUGGGUUUUCUGAUACGUGGGUAUCGCCAUGCCAUAAUGUGUGUUCAAUCCAAUCUCGGCUCCUAUGUCUUUGUCCCUUACUGGAGUGUGCAGCAUGACUGAAGUGUUUCUAUUGAUGAUACAGUGGACGAAACGUCGAUAGGAGAAAUGUACAUGACCUAAUCUUGAUUUGAUGGAUGGCAUUUUUAAAGCAAAGGUUGCCUAUUUUCUCUUCCUGUUUCCCCAUCAUGAAUUUACGGAGGGCAGAAACAUGAAGGAUUGGUUUUGACCUUGACUACUUAGGGUUGGUCUUAAUGCUUCCUCUAAGCCAUCCUCACCCAUCCCCAGUAGUGAUUCACACUGACUGACUCUUCAUCUUUACCUCUUCUAUACUUAACCCUGAGCUGUCAUAGAGGACACUUAAUGACCCCAAUCACCGGUGAAACUUGAAAUCUACAGAAAUUGACUUGACGAAAAUAUAUAAAGUUACAAAAAAAAAACAGAAA